AUGGCUGGUAGCACCAACAAGACAGUGCACGAUAUUUUUCAAAGCAUGGAGUACGGACCAGCAGCAACUUCCAGCACUGCCACUGCACAGGCCUGGCUGGAGCACCAUUCCCGUUCUCUGGGUCUCUUCAUCGAUGGCAAGUUUGUCCGUCCAGCAGACAGACAGAGUCGCUCCCUGGCGGAUUCUAAAGGUGGUCAUGUGUGCAGCACAGUGUGCGCUGUGGAGGACGAUGUUUCGCAGUGUGCCUCCUCUGCUGUUAACGGCCACAAAGCCUGGGUGAACCUGAGCUGCCACCAGAGGGCCAAAGUGCUGCUCAGGCUGGUGAGUGUUCUCGGGCAGCACGGUCCGUGUGUGUCGGAGCUGUGUGAGCUGUGUGACGCCGCCUGCUCGCCCUCCACCCUCGUCAGACUGCUGCAGUACUACAGCAGCUGGGCUCAGCUCAGAGACACUCUCAUCACCAACUGGACACCUCUGGGUGUGGUGGCUGUGGUCGUCUCUGAUGACUGCUCGCUCUAUUCCCUCAUGAUCAAAGUCCUGCCAGCACUGGCCAUGGGCAACGCCGUCAUCGUUGUCCCUGGUCUGAGCACCGCCCCUCCAGCGCUCCUAUUGGCUCAGCUUUUUGUGGCAGCAGGACUUCCUCCUGGGGCUCUUAAUGUUUUAACGGGAAGCGACCUGUCGCUGGGGGCAAAAGUGGCCCAGAACUCCAGCAUCAGCUACGUCACCUACAGCGGCAACAAGCAGGAUGGGGUGAUGCUGUGUAAGGCCACAGCAGGGAUGGGCGUUUCCGUUUCUGUCUCCCCCUACAUCGGCGCUAGGUGCCCCUUCAUCAUCUUUGAGUCAGCCGACAUCGACAGCGCUGUGGAUGCAGUGAUAGAGACGGCCUUCAAGAAGAAAAGAGAGGUCCUCUGGGUGUUGUGCGUGCAGGAGAGCGUGCAGGACAGUGUUGUGGCCCGUCUCAGGCUCCGUAUGGUAGGGAUGAAGUGUGUGGGCCUGCACAGUGAUGGGGACAGGGUCCUGGUGGACGCUGCUGUACAGGAUGCUCAGCAGCAGGGGGCCACGUUGGUUCAGUCCUGCGCUGCCCCCCCUUCAGGUGCUCAGUACCCACCCACAGUGCUCUGCGGGGCGGCCCCCUCCUCUCCGUUUGUGGUCAGCCCCUCUCCUGGACCGCUGCUGCCUCUCAUGACCUUCAGAAGCAACACAGAAGCAGUGACCCUGGGAAACCACAGUCCUCAUGGCCAGGCAGCCUCCAUCUGGACUGAAGACCUCACACUGGCCUUGGAGACGGCGAAGAGUCUGUCCGUUGGCUCAGUGUGGGUGAAUUCCCACUCUGUGUCUGACCCCUGUCUGCCAGUCUCUGGUCACAAAGACAGCGGCACCUGCACUGAUGGAGGACAGGAGGGUCUGUACCAGUUUCUACGGCCGUCCUCUUCCUCUCCUCCUCUGCCUCGCUCCUCCCCUGUCUCUUUGAACUACUCAAAGUUUGGAACUGCAGCAUCCCCAGCUAUCAUUCCUGAUGACUCGGACUCUGCCAGCGCUCCUAAGCCCUACCUGCAGUUUGUCGGCGGUAAAGCAUGUAAAUCCGUGUCUGGCUGCAGUGUGGCCGUGCAGUCACCAGGAGGCGGCAGCGUGUUAGCCUAUUGUCCAGACGGAGACCGCAAAGACGUCCGUAACGCCGUGGAGGCUGCUGUCAAAGUCCAGCCUGGCUGGAUGAAAAAGAGUCCGUCUGCACGCGCUCAGUCACUCUACUCUCUGGCCAAGGGCCUGGAGGCAAAGAGGCGGGACCUAUGUGGAUCGAUCAGUGUUCAGACCGGCCUCUCAUCGGACGAGGUUGAUGAGGAGGUGGAGCUCAGCAUCGCCAGGCUCAAUGAUUGGGCGGCUUACUGUGACAAAGUCCAAGGAGGAACUCCGCCUCUGCCACAGUCUGGCUGUGCUCUCUCCCUCCCCGAAGCCCUGGGAGUUGUGGGGGUCGUCCUCCCCGACAAGAAUCCCCUCCUUGCUAUGGUAACACUUCUUGGGGCCGCCAUCGGCAAUGGCAACGCCGUCAUCAUGGUCCCCAGUCAGAAGUACCCACUGCCAGCCUUGGCAUUCAUUCAGGUGCUCCAGGCUUCAGACCUGCCAGCAGGAUUGGUAAAUGUCAUCACAGGAAGUAGAGACCAGCUGACCGUGGCUCUGGCUAAUCACAGCGUCAUCAAGGCCAUCUGGUACUGGGGCAGUGCUGAGGGCUGUCAGUACCUCCAGCACACCUGCACCAGCCCUCUGAAAGUCCUGCGCCUGUCCUGCCAAAAGAAAGAUGGAGGGAAGGAGUGGAAUCAGUCUCAUCCCUCGCUCCUGGAAGAGAUGUGGAGGAACGCGGUCCAGUGGAAAAGUGUCUGGAUUCCCACUGCAUAAGUGGACAGAAGGAGGGAGGAUGUAGGAGAGAGCUGAUGUCUGCUGCUUUAACACCAGCCUGUAGAGUGAAACUCACCAGGAGGAUGUAGAUUUAAAAGGAAGGAUUAAAAAUGAACCGUGACCAUGAAAAUCUUAAGAUGUCAGUGGACUUAACAGUGAACAGACAACAAAUACCCCCGGCAGUAACUGAGCGUUUGCUGAGCCCCAUCCUCCUUAGUUACUGUUCCUACGCCCGUCAAGCUUUUUGAUCUGGCACGGCACAUGUGCAGUUUUACGACUCAAAAUUAUGUCAUUUCCAAAACAAUGAUUCCUUUAUUUCAGACCGAGGUAGACAACGGCAGGAUUCUCAUUUCCAGGUGGUGACUGUCGAUUUUUCCCACUAGCUGAUUUAAGGGGUUUUGCGAAUUGUCACGUAUGAGUGCAGCUUUUUUCUUACUGUUUUGGUGGAUGCCUGUGAGUGAGGAAUUUUUCAACAUGUCAUGGCUGAAUAUUUUCAGAUCAUAAGUUAACCAUCUGUAUAAGCUGAAGAAAUGUGGCACCAAACAACCAGCGCAGGCAACAAAUGUCAGCCUGACAUCAACAGAAUGAAAGAGAGACAUCAGCACACAUCUUAUAUCCAAGGAAAUGUGAAUAUCAUAAGUACAGAACAGCCAUUAUUUGUUUCUGGUAUUUUCCAAUAGCUUUAGAGUUUCAUCAUCUUAAUCUUGCAACAUUAAAAUAAGGUUAAGUAUGUUACUCUGUCCUGUUAACUUUUGUUUGAAAUGUAGUCCCUCCAUCAAAAUGCUUCUUAAAACCGGAUCAGCAUCCUGUUAAAUAAUUAUAAUUUCAUAUAAUGACUCUGACCAUGGUAGAAUGGGACAAAGGUGCAUUCAGGGACCAGGGAGGCCACCGGUCAGACAGCUGGGGUGUUAUUGAGCAGAUGAUGAGUGAGUGAGUUAUUAAUAUAAUAACUAUAACUAAUAACUAACACAUUUCAUUUUAAGGUAAUGGCAGGGGACUCAGUCUGGUUUGAAUUUAUUAUUUUUUAAAUUUUGUUUGUUAAAUGUUGCUUCAUUAUUCAGGCAGUGUAGCUUAUUCCUCUCACCUCAAACUAGCACGGCAGUAUAAACAGAACCACGGCAACCUGACAUUUCCAGAAUAAACUACAGUAGUCAUUUUAAAAUGAAAGAGUCCCGUUAAUGUAGCGGUACACCUUUCUUUGUGUUUUUAACAUGGAUGACAAUGAAGGACGACUACACUGAUGAUAAUAGCUCGUAGGAUCUAUUCUGUUUUU